AUGAAGCCGGAGACCCAUCUUUUCCUCUUCGGGGACCAAACCUAUGAUUUCGUGCCGGAUCUUCGUCGGUUGCUAAGUUGCAGAAGCAAGCCGAUCCUCAACGCCUUCCUCGAGCAGUCCUACUAUGUGAUUCGCGCGCAAAGCAACCUGUGGCUCUCAUCAGCCGGACGACCAGCGUCCCAGACGUCGAGUCUCGCCCAACUUUUGCACAAGUAUUGCGAAGGCAGCUUGAGCCCAGCGUUUCAGGUAUCCCUGCAUGCUCUUACUCAACUGGGAUCAUCCAUCUGUCACUAUGAAGAACUCGGCCAAGUAUAUCCUUCUCCCGGGUCAACCUAUCUGGUCGGGCUCUGUACGGGCUCGCUCGCGGCCGCUGCAAUUAGCUCGUCCAGCUCAGAGCCUAUGGUAUUUCAUACGGCUAUCCGCUAG